CCUCAGCAAGUCAAGCAUUUGUGCUUAGUACUAGGAAACCAUCUUUCUACGUCUAGCCUAUAUCUAUAUGCGUGGGUGUACGUAUAUAUAUGGGUAUAUAUUUCGUCCCCAUCCAGAAACUUCAAUUCAAAAUGCAACAACGUAACUUCACUCCACUCCGGAGAAGCUAAGGCAACCAAGAACAGGAGGAGAAAAUUAUAUUAGAGCUUUAGUAAGUACUCCAAGAACACCAGAAAGCUAAGAUGGUCGUCCCAGAAUCGGAAGCGGCAUCUCAAGGCGAGGUGGAAUCGCCAUUGCAAUUGCAGGAUUUGCAGGCAGAGCAGCAACAACUGCAACAGAAGAACAACAAUGGAUUGUCAUCCCUAGGGAGGCAGUCGUCGAUUUACUCGCUCACCCUGGAUGAGUUCCAGCACACUCUCUGUGAGAGUGGCAAGAACUUUGGGUCCAUGAACAUGGACGAGUUCCUUAACAGCAUUUGGACCGCCGAGGAAAACCAAGCUCAUGCCCAGGCCCAGGCUCAGGCUCAGACUCAAGUUCAACCACCCCAUCCUCAUGUCGGUGCUGUUGCUACUGCUACUGCUGCUGCUGAAAGUAACGCUGUCACGCAUAAUUUUAUGCUGGGACAGGCUAGCGUUCCAGCCGAGAAAGGGAUUGCGAGGCAGCAGAGCUUAGCGAGGCAGGCCUCGCUCACGCUUCCGGCGCCUUUGUGCAGGAAGACUGUGGAUGAAGUGUGGGCUGAAAUCCACAAAACUCACCAGCAGCAACAGCAGCAUAAUAGUGAUGGGAAGUUUCAGAAUAAUCCUGGUGGUGAUAAUAAUAAUACUCAGAGACAGGUUACUUUUGGAGAAAUGACACUGGAAGACUUCCUGGUUCGAGCCGGGGUGGUUCGAGAGCAGGGCAAUACCGCCCCCCUACCUGCUCGUCCCCAACAGUACACAGCAAUGUACCCAAACAACAACACUCCUGCAGCUAUUGCCCCCACUUAUGUGGCCAGGCCAGUUAUGGGCUUAGGCGGUGGCGCUGUCCCCGCUUACCAGGCACUUCCACAAGGUGGAGUUGUGGAGGCACCCGGGUAUCCGAAAAGGGGAGGUGGAUAUGCACAGCCAUCCCCUCCUGUUUAUGGUGGAAGAAUGGGGAACGGAAGUGCUGUCGGGUACGCACACAUGCAAGGACUAGGUUUGGGAUCCCCCGUGAGCCCGGUGUCCUCGGAUGGGUUGUGUGUGAAUCCAGGUGGGGAUGGAGGAAACCAUUAUGGACUGGAGACAGGGAUACGAGGAGGAGGAGGACGGAAGCGCAUCAUAGAUGGCCCUGUGGAGAAGGUGGUUGAACGCAGACAAAGGAGGAUGAUCAAGAACAGGGAAUCAGCUGCAAGAUCCCGAGCACGAAAGCAGGCAUACACAGUCGAACUCGAAGCAGAACUCAAUCAGUUGAAAGAAGAAAAUGCUAAUCUGAAACAAGCCCUGGACGAGAUGGACAGGAAAAGAAAGCAACAGGCUUUCGAGGAAGUGAAACCAACAACACCUUCGAAGGCGCAGAAGGCGAGCGAGAAACUGAGGGUGCUGAGGAGGACCUUGAGUUGGCCCUCUUGAUGUAUACAAAGUGCAAGCAUUGAGAAAACAGCCUGUCAAUUCCCAUCAUCUAUCUGUCCAGGAGACUAGGCAAAAACAUGACAGAAGACAACCUUAAUUAUCAUGAACUCCUUUAAUUUGUUGGCAAACCUGAAUACCUGCAGAUCUGGAACACCCAGCUUCAUAAGUUAAUUGGCUUUGGAAAAUACCUUAGAAUAUAUAGAUUUCCUAAGUGAUGAUAUAUAUUUUAUAUUUA